AGGAAGAGGAAGUGAUAGUAAUGUUUUUGGAAAGAGAGAAUUGGGUGAAAGGGAUGAAGCUGAGUAAGUAGAAGAGGGUCAAUUGGGGUGAGAGAAGUUGUGAGAAGCUAGGGCCAGGAUUCCUUUGGGCUGUCAGAAAACAAGUGUUAGAAACUGGGAAUGACAACCCUAAGGGGUUAGUAUGCUCUUGCUCCCUAUUCCAUCCCAAGCUACAGGAUCUACCAGUAUCCUUAGGAAAAAGGAAUAGCAGUGAUCUGAUCUCAUUGGUGAGGAAGGCAUACACAAUUCAUCUUUGGGGUGAAGGUUAAGGGGGCAGCUCCUAACUUGGCUGAAGGAAAGAGAGACCCUAUAGGAAAGGCCCUGAAGGGAGUAGGAAGGAAAGGAAUAGGGAAAUUGUUGAAUUAAGAAAAAGAGGCAAUCAUCAGGAAGGUAGGAGGAUCAGAGUGAGGGGUAGGAUGAAGGAAGGGCUAGAAUUCUAAGAAGCCAUAGUGGAAGAAAAGGGGAGGAAGGCAAGAAAGACAGCCACAAGGGAGGGAUGGAAACAUUAGGAGAAACAAAAAGAGAAGGUAAGGUUGGGAGAGGCUGAGAUGGAGUGAGGGGGAGGUAGCUGAUGAAUAGGAUGAAGAUAAGAGGAAUGGAAGAAUAGAAAAAGAGGAAAGGGGGUGGAAGGUUAGAGCCUAUGGGGCAGAGAAAAGAAAGAGAGAAAUGGAAGGAGAGAGGGAUAUAAAAGCAGGAAAAGCUCAGGAAGAUUGGAACCAGGACCAGAGAAAAGGGUUAUGAGAGACCACUAGGAGUAAGGCAAAGCCUUCAGCAGGAGGAGCUAACAGAAAAAAAAAGAUGAGGCAGGGAGGGCCAAAAGCUGGAAGGAGGGAAUGCUUGGGUCCUUGUCCAGGCUAUUGGCAAGACAGUCUGCCUGUCACCGCCCCCCACUUCCUGGCCGGCCCCGGAAGCAAGCAGGCGUUGGUGGGGAGGGGGGGGGCAGCAGCAGCAGCAUCGGCAGCCCCAGCCCUCCGAGAGAGACAGCAGUAAGGGAGGGAGGGAGAGAACGGGGGAAACACCCCCCCUCCCACCAUUCUCACCACUAUGGGUCCGGCCCCCCACUCCCACAGCCCCUCCACCAGCCGGGGCUAGGACACCCCCAAACCCUGAGGGCCCCCUGGCACCGACUCCCCACCAGAGACAGAGACACAGCCGCCACCACCGCUGCCGCAGCCUGGCUGGGGAGGGGGCCGGCCCCCUAGGCCCCCUACCCCACUGAGAUCCCCAACAUUCUCCCCUUUAGUGCCCCAGGCCCAUUGUCCUUCCCCUCCCUCCCCCCUACUCCUUACAGGUGGCCAGCAUGGAGCUGUGGCCAGGGCCAUGGACAAUGCUGCUGCUCUUUCUGCUACUGCUUUUGCUGCUGGUGCCUGUGCUCUGGGGUUACAGCAGCAGCGCCAAGUACUUCUGCAAGAUGGCAUUCUACAACGGCUGGAUCCUUUUCCUGGCAGUGCUGGCCAUCCCUGUGUGUGCUCUUCGAGGGCGAAACGUGGAAAACAUGAAGAUCCUUCGACUCAUGCUGCUGCAUAUCAAGUACCUAUAUGGAAUCCGGCUGGAGGUUCGAGGGGCCCAUAACUUCCCCCCCUCACAGCCCUAUGUUGUUGUCUCCAACCACCAGAGUUCUCUCGAUCUAUUAGGAAUGAUGGAGGUACUCCCUGGUCGCUGUGUACCCAUUGCCAAGCGGGAACUGCUGUGGGCAGGGCCAGCAGGGAUAGCAUGCUGGCUGGCUGGAGUCAUCUUCAUUGACCGGAAGCGGACUGGGGAUGCAAUCAGUGUCAUGGCUGAAGCUGCGCAAACACUGCUUAGCCAGAAUGUCCGAGUUUGGGUUUUCCCUGAGGGUACCAGGAACCACAAUGGCUCUAUGCUUCCCUUCAAACGUGGCGCCUUCCACCUUGCUGUUCAGGCCCAGGUCCCCAUUAUUCCCAUCGUCAUGUCCUCCUAUCAAGACUUCUACUGCAAGAAAGAACGGCGCUUCAACUCGGUAUGGAGUAUAACGGGAGAUAAAACUGGACAAAGGGAAGCCAGGAGGGACUGGGGGAAACUGAAGAGGAACCUAGGAUGCUAGCCUGUGUGUCUCCCCAUCUCCAGGGACAUGUCAGGUACGGGUGCUGCCCCCAGUGGCCACAGAAGGGCUGACCCCAGACAAUGUGCCGGACCUGGCUGACAGAAUCCGCCACUCCAUGCUCACAGUUUUCCGGGAGAUCUCCACUGACGGCCGGGGAGGGGGUGACUAUCUGAAGAAGUCUAGUGGGGCUGGUGAGGCUGGCCCCUGAGCCUUCCUCCUACCGCCCUGUCACAAUCCCUCUCCCCCAGCCCAGUGGUCCCUGGACCUUCCUCCCCUCCCCCUUCACUUCUCCUAUCUCAUUUCUACUUUGUGGUACAGCCAAGCCUCUCCUCACCCCACUAAUUCUCUACUCUGAAUCUUCAGCUUCUGAAGUGGACAUGGACAAAGCGCUUUUCCUCCACCCCUUUCCUUCCCUCUUUCCCAAGCCUUCUACUCUGUGGACUUUCCCAUCUUGGUGCAGCCUACACUCCCCCUUCUUGUCUGUGGAACGUUUCGCUCCCCUCUCUGUCUCCUGAGUGGUAUGUUCCACUAGGCGUAGACCACUCCCACCCCAUAGUGGACACUAAGUGGGCGCUUUCUCUGUGGCUCUCUUCCCCACUCUUGAUUUGUGGUCUCAUCCACCUCAAUGGAAGCGCUCUGUUUUCUCUCCCCUGCCCCCACCCCGAGACUCUGUGGAUGCGAAUGGACUCAUCCAACUGGAGGGGGGGUGGGGAGGACCCACCUUAUGAAUGGAAGUGGACCCUUCCAGCCAGCUCCUCUUUGGAACACUCCUCUCCAAUCUGGCUGUCCAGCCCAGCCUCACUCCUCCCCACCCACCCCAGUGGAUUUAUGUGGAGUCCUCUUUUUCCAGAGACUUGGACCUUUCCCUUUCCUUGGUACAGUCCGUUUUACCAGCCCUCAUCCUUAUUCAUCCUGGCCCAGUUUUCCCUGUGACACACUGACACAUACAAACUGGUCUCCACAGAAUUCCUUCUUCUCCCCCCUUCCCUUUCUCCCCUCCGGCAGCGGGUGGUACACUCCAGUGGUAGUCCACUCUUCAAUUCCCCUGGAGUAGCUGGGGGGACCAGCCCAACCCAGCCGGUCCCUAGGCCUCAGGCUGUACCAUUUGGCCCAGACGGCAGGGAAGGGUGGAGUUACAAGGUGCUGCAUUCAUUUCUUACUCCCUGAGGUGGGGUAGGAAAAGCUGAGACCUGGUUAGAGGGAGCUGGAGUAGAUUUAAUUUAUUUUUCUUUCCUUUUGCUGCUGAGGAGCUGCCCUGCCCCCACCUCCUUAAGUCCAGAUUAGCAGCCAAACCCUCUCAGUGUUAAAAAUUCAAAGGGAGGGAGAGGAUCACCCCCUGGGCCUUGGGGGAGUGGGAGUCUGUUUACAAAAAGGGGUAAGGGGAGAGACCCAGCCAAACCCAGGCCUCCUUGCCCCAUUUCCAACCUAGAAGAGGAUCCCAGCCUUAAGUAGCACAUCCCCAUUGGAGUGGGGGGAGGGGCCAAGAGAACCCCUUUCUUCCUUUGGAGGAACCCACAGUCCUGCUGACACCCUUCCCCCAAUCUGACGAGCAUUAAUGAGAAGAUGGGGCAUUGGGGGAAAGAAGGACAUUUGUUGCUCCAGUUCUCCCACCUCCUCCCCCCCCCCCAGCCCAGGCCAGUGUAACCCGGGGAGGUGAGGGGACUCCCCGGGACUUCCUUUCUCCCAACCAGUUCUGCUUUUCCUCCCAAGGCAUUAGCUGGGCCUCCGUAUUCCAGCCCUCUCCUCCCCUCUCACGGGUACCAGGACUGUCUUUUCCUCCUCACCUCCACCUGGAGAGGUCAGAAGGGAGGGGAUGAAAGGGGCAGUCCAAGGGUUUGCUCCGCUCCGAUGGUUUUUAUUAUCUGGAUUAACAGCGAGAUUACGGAGAAUAAAGAGAGUUGGAAGGAC